CGCUCUGAACUUUACCCGUUGCAUUAGUAAGCAUGUUUUAGUCUGAGUGGUUUCCAUUAAACUCUCUUGAUAGCUGUAUACUUUGCCUAUUCCUGACGGUCAGUCACUGGGAGUGAAAUAGUGUACUAAACGAGUGAUUCAACCCAAAAGGAUUUGUCUUUAAGUUUUUUAAGUAUACAACCUGUCAACGUGCUAGCGGGAAGGCUAGCACUCGUAGCUUCCUGCAGGAUCUUUCAUGGCAGCUCGGCACCCCUUCACAGACACUGAUACUUCCGAUGAAGCAGUUCGAGCGACGUGUGACGACGCCACGGCUUGCAAAAGGUUUGCUAUCAGUAAAGGAUACUGGACAGACCCUUAUAUCCAGUAUUUUGUCAGAUCUGUCGGUGAGCGAAAAGCACCUGAAAUCAACAGAGGAUACUACAGCCGCGUGAAAGGUGUCAACCAUCUCCUUGAUGCAUUUAUAAGAAAAACAAAAUGUGACUGUCAAGUGAUUAACCUUGGUGCCGGCCUGGACACCACCUUCUGGAGACUUAAGGAUGAAAACAUCUUGCCGAGGAAGUUCUUUGAGAUUGAUUUCCCUACUGUUGUGGCCAGGAAAAUACACUAUAUAAAGACUAAACCACCCUUAUCCAAGCCUGUCAUCGAAACACACUCAACUGACUCCUUGCUACUAGACUCCCACAGUCUUGACUCGGAUCGCUAUUGCAUCAUCGGAGCAGACCUCAGAGACAUUGCUACUUUGUAUGAAAAACUGAAGAAGUUCCAGCUUAACCCCGAUUUGCCUACAUUGCUCUUGUCGGAGUGUGUGCUUGUCUACAUGACGCCCGCCCAGUCCUCCAGUUUAGUUCACUGGGCUGCAGACACCUUUCACACGGCCAUGUUCAUCAACUAUGAACAGGUGAACAUGAACGACCGUUUUGGCCAAGUAAUGAUCGAAAACCUGCAGCGGCGUCAGUGCACGCUGGCGGGAGUCGAGGUCUGCCGGUCUCUAGACUCUCAGAAGGAGCGGUUUCUCCUGUCAGGUUGGGAUCAUGCCGAUGCUCUGGACAUGGUGACAGUGUACAGUAUGCUUCCUCAGGAUGAAGUGGAAAGAAUUGAGCGUCUGGAGUUCCUGGAUGAGAAGGAGUUGUUGCAGCAGCUCCUGCAGCAUUACAGCAUCUGCUGGGCCACCAAAGACAAGCUCAGACUAGGUUUGUCACAGUUGGCGUUUUGACGGAACAUGACCAGAAGAAAGUCUGGAUUUGGGGUCACACGCUCCUUUUGGGAUUUGUCGUGAACCUAGCCGUGUUAUCGACGCCCUAUAGCUUAGAGCUUACUAAGAAUUUUGAUGCACAUGAGUGAUUUAUUAGUAAAUUACAAAAUGUCAGCAUUUGCAGAAUAA